AUGGCUCGUUCAAUUUCUUUGGUUUCCACCAUGUUUGUCUUCCUUCUCCUUCUCGUGGCCACUGGGCCAAGUAUGGUGGCAGAGGCAAGGACGUGUGAAUCUCAAAGUCACAAAUUCAAAGGAUUUUGUUUGAGUGAUACCAACUGUGCUUCUGUGUGCAUAACAGAACGUUUCACUGGCGGACACUGCCGUGGAGCCCGUCAUAGAUGCUUUUGCACUACACAUUGUUGA